AUGUCCGACAACGGCGAGGUUGAAGUUGAAAACCCAACCUCUGGUUGGCCCGUCCUGCCCAAAGAUGUCAUGCAAGAGAUUGGGAGCGUCAAGCUCUUCGGGCGCUGGAGUUACGAGGAUGUCGAAGUCAGAGACAUCUCAUUGACCGACUACAUUCAAAUCCGAUCACCCGUCUACAUCUCGCACUCGGCCGGUCGAUAUGCCGCAAAGCGCUUCCGCAAGGCCCAAUGCCCCAUCAUCGAGCGAUUGACCAACUCCCUGAUGAUGAACGGUCGCAACAAUGGCAAGAAGUUGAUGGCUAUUAGAAUCGUGGCACAUUCGUUCGAGAUCAUCCACAUCAUGACCGACCAAAACCCCAUCCAAAUCGCCGUCGACGCCAUCGUCAACUGCGGCCCCCGCGAAGACAGCACCCGAAUCGGCAGCGCAGGCACCGUGCGAAGACAAGCCGUCGACGUGUCCCCUCUCCGCCGCGUCAACCAGGCCAUCGCCCUGCUCACCAUCGGCGCCCGCGAGGCGGCGUUCCGAAACGUCAAGAGCGUCGCCGAGUGCCUCGCCGAGGAGCUGAUCAACGCCGCCAAGGGAAGCAGCAAUUCGUACGCCAUCAAGAAGAAGGACGAGUUGGAGCGUGUGGCCAAGAGCAAUCGGUAA